AUGUUGCUCCUUGGGCUGUUGCUGCUGCUCCUGGCUGGCACCCGUUUGCUGUGGUGCCAGUGGAAGCUCUGGGGCCUCCGCCUCCCGCCUCUGGCCCCAGGCUUCCUGAACCUUCUGCAGCCCAACCUACCCAUCUAUCUGCUCAGCCUCACUAAGAAACUCGGGCCCAUUUACAGGGUCCGCUACGGGAUGCAAGAUGUGGUGGUGCUGAACUCUGCCAGGAUCAUCGAGGAGGCCAUGGUCCGGAAGUGGGUGGACUUUGCUGGCCGACCCCAAGCACCAUCCUACACCCUGUUCAACCAGCACUGCCAGCACCUGUCACUAGGGGACUUCUCCACGCUGUGGAAGGCCCACAAGAAACUGACUCGCUCAGCUCUGAUGUUGGGUGUUCGAGACUCCAUGGAGGCCCAAGUGGAGGAACUGACCCAGGAGUUCUGUGAGCGCCUGAGAGGCCAAGCCGGUGUGCCCGUGCUCAUCCAGAAGGAAUUAUCUUUCUUCACCUGUAGGGUCAUUUGCUACCUCAUCUUCGGAGACAAGGACGACUCCUUAGUGCAGGAGGUUCACAGCUGUGCCCACAACUUGGUAAAAGCCUGGGAUCACUGGUCCAUCAAACUGCUGGACAUGUUUCCUUUUCUCACGCUCUUCCCCAACCCAGGACUCCGGAAGCUGUACCGGCUCCUGGAGGAGCGGGACCACGUGGUGGGGCAGCAGUUAAGGCGGCACAAGGAGAGCCAGGUGACCGGACAGUGGAAGGACAUAACAGACUACAUGCUGCAGGGGAUCGAGCGGCUGCGCGAGGGCAAGGGUCUGCACGGGCUCUGCGAGGGCCACGUGCACAUGGCCGUGGUGGACCUUUUCAUCGGCGGUGUGGAGACCACGGCGACCACCCUCUCCUGGGCCGUGGCUUUCCUGCUUCACCACCCUGAGGUUCAGCGUCGACUGCAGGAGGAGCUGGACCUCGAGCUGGGCCCCGGCGCGCCCAGCAUCCUGACCGCGUACAAGGACCGCAAGCGGCUGCCUCUGCUCAGGGCCACCAUCGCGGAGGUGCUGCGCCUGAGGCCCGUGGCGCCCCUGGCCUUGCCCCACCGCGCCACUCGGACUAGCAGCAUCUGUGGCUACGACAUCCCGGAGGGCACGAUCGUCAUCCCCAACCUCCAGGGGGCCAACCUCGACGAGACCGCGUGGGAGCGGCCCCACGAGUUCCGUCCGGAGCGCUUCCUGGAGCCCGGCCCGAGGCCGCGGUCGCUGUCCUUCGGCUGCGGCGCGCGCGCGUGCCUGGGGGAGCCGCUGGCGCGCCUGGAGCUCUUCGUGGUGCUGGCCCGCCUGCUGCGCGCCUUCACGCUGCUGCCGCCCGCCGGCGCCCUGCCGCGCCUGCAGCCGCAGCCCUGCGGCGGCGUCAACCUCCGGAUGUGGCCCUUCCAGGUGCGCCUGCAGCCCAGGGGUCCGGCGCACGCUGGGCCAGUGCCCUUGACGGGUGCUGUGAGAUCGCGCAAAGAAGGCUUCCCCGGCUGGCUAGGCGGCGGAGGCGCGCUGGCUCUCCUCUGGGCGCGACCCCUCAGUGCUCAGCAGUCGUAG